UUGAACUUUGUGGAAUAGUUCCAGUAUUGUGGAAAACUUCUCCUUUUUUUGUUUGUUAACGAAACCAAGGUGAAUGUGAAUAAAAACCGUUUAUUUUUUAAACCUGGCGAGGUUUAUUGAGGAGUCUACACGGCCAUGGUCAGCCUUUCUAACGGUGGAAUCACUGCUACUACUACUGCAUUGAUCAGAAACCGUCUCCUGAGGAGAACGGAACGAUAACGGAGAGAAGGGAGGAUUGCUCUGGAGGUAACAGAUGUUAUGCACGUUCGUUAACGGACACUGAUGAGUACAGUUAGCAGGAACAUCGAUGCUACGUACGUAUCUGCCUUACGUAACGAUAACGUUAAUGAACAUUGAAGUUAAAGUCCGAAGGGUGCAUCAUCUUGCCCGCUGGAAUGUGAGUCUGCCCUUAUCGCCAGAUCUCAUCCAGCCCGACAGGGGCAGCCGAAAGGACUUCCUGUUGUGUACGCACUCAGCGGGAGAUCUUAUCGCACAGAGGACACGGCUUUUCAUCUAGGGAGGGAGAGAAACUGGGCUCCGAGAGCCGGAGGGAGGGAGAAGGACGCUCCACGCUCUCGUCUCAGACUGUUUAUCUCCCUCGCUGUCGGUGGGCAGAAAGCGAAUUUCCUUGGCGGUGCGGGAAGAGAGCACUGCACCUACACGACCGAUGUGGCUCCGGGACCAUGAAGGUUGAUGACAGCUCCCUGGCUCCCAGAGUAUCCCCCCUCCCUGCCUGCCGUCUCCCCUGCCCCCUCGACCCCUGACCUGGGCAAUGCCACGGCGAUGAACCUGUCGGCGCCGGCGGGGCCCUGCGGGGGGAACCAGACGUGCGGCAACAACGACCGCUUCAAGUUCCUGUCGUACACCGUGACCUACAGCCUGGUGUUCCCCGUGGGGCUGCUGAGCAACAUGGCGGCCCUGUACGUCUUCCUGCGCCUGACCCCCAAGAAGUCGGCCAACACCGUCUUCAUGAUCAACCUGGCCCUGUCGGACGUGGGCUUCUCCCUGACCCUGCCCCUGCGCCUCGUCUACUACCUGCGGGACGGCGACUGGCCCUUCCCGGACUGGCUGUGCCGCCUCUGCGUCUUCUCCUUCUACGUCAACCUCUACACCAGCGUGCUCUUCCUCACCGUGCUCAGCGUCCUGCGCUACGUGGCCGUGCUGCACCCCAUGAGGAACCGGGUCUUCCUGUCCGCGCGGCGGGCGGCCGGGGCCUGCGUGGGCAUCUGGGCCUUCGUGGCCCUCUCCUCCACCCACUUCCUCUUCGCCGGGACCUACCAGUGCGGCGGCAAGACGCGGUGCUUCGAGCCGCGCGGCAGCCGGUCCUGGCACCGCAUCCUGGCCAUGAACUACGUGGCGCUGGUGGCGGGCUUCCUGCUGCCCUUCCUCACCAUCCUGGGCUGCUACGGGCUGAUCCUGCGCCAGCUGCUGUGGGCCGGGGCCAAGCUGCGGCGCAGCCGGCGCCGGAGCCGCCGGCGCUCCGUGCAGCUCAUCUCCAUCAUCAUGAGCACCUUCCUGUGCUGCUUCCUGCCCUACCACGUCCUGCGCACCGUGCACCUGCACCACCGCGUGGGCCAGCGGCCCGACCACCCCGAGGACUGCGCGCUCACCGAGCUGCUGCAGAAGGUGCUGGUGGUCACGCUCUGCCUGGCCGCCUGCAACAGCUGCUUCAAUCCCCUGCUCUACUACUUCGCCGGGGAGUCCUUCCGCACGGCCGCCCGCCGCGGCUCCGCCCGCCGCUCCCGCGGCUCCUUCCUGUCGCAGAGCAUUCUGCUGGCGGGACGCCACGCGCGCUCGGGCUCGCUGCCGGGCAGCCAGAAGGGCUCGCUGCCGGGCAGCCAGAAGGGCCCGCUGCCCAGCAACUCUGUGGUCUGGGACUGCACGGAACUGUGACGGGACACCCCAGCACUGCGCCUCGUACCCCAGCACAGGACAGGACACCCCAGCACUGCGCCUCGUACCCCAGCACAGGACAGGAUACCCCAGCACUGCGCCUCGUACCCCAGCACAGGACAGGA